GUAGCCGACGCUAAUCGCUCCGAAGCGAAGCGAACAAGUAAUGAAUUGUGAAGAAAGCAGCCGGCAUGGAGGGAGUUCUUUAUAAAUGGACCAAUUAUAUAAGCGGUUGGCAGCCUCGCUGGUUUGUGCUGAGUGGAGGGACGCUUUCAUAUUACGAUUCACAAGAAGACGCCUGGAAAGGGUGUAAGGGCAGCAUCAAGAUCGCUGUGUGUGAGAUACAAGUGCACCUGACAGACUUCACGAGGGUGGAUCUGAUCAUACCAGGAGAGCAGUUCUUCUACCUCAGGGCCAUCAACGCAGCAGAGAGACAGAAAUGGCUGGUCGCUUUAGGGACAGCGAAAGCCUGUCUGACCGACAACAGGACCAAGAGAGAGAAGGAAUUCCAGGAGAACACGGAGACCCUAAAGACCAAAAUGUCCGAGUUGAGGCUGUACUGUGACCUCCUCAUGGAGCAAGUGAACAAACUCAAGGAGAACCCCCGGCCCGAGGGGGGCGCUGAACAGGUUCAGCCGGGGGACGACGGUGGAAACAUGGUGAAGUCCACGUGCACCACGUUCCUGACGACGCUGGAGGAAUGCAUGCAGAUCGCCAGCCGGACCUUCAAUCCGGACCUGCAGGGAAACGGCGCGCCGAGGUCGCCGUCCUCCGCUGGCAUCAGAGCUCAGAAGAUCAAAGCUCAUGAUCAAAGAACUCAUCAUCAAGAGGAAAAACAGAAACGGUCAGCGAGCAGCUCGGUAGCUGAAAAUCUGGGGUACGGGCCGGACGCAGAACCCCUAUCAUCCAGUCCAGCACCCCCAACAGGAAACAGUAUUAAGAUGAAGGAGCGUGAUGACCCAGACAUCCAGAACACGCUUCACUCCGGUCCUGGCCCUGAGCACCAUGAAGCAGAAGCAGAGGAGAACGUGUCGAAUGGGAACCAGAGUCAGGAGCAGCCGGCCUGCAGCCAGUAUGAUCAUGAGUCCCGGGGUAACCCGGAGGAGGAGGAGGAGGAGGAGCGGGUGGAGACGUUCUUCAGUAGUAUGAGCCACAGAUUUAGUGAUAUUAAACUGGAGGAGGACGGCGGUAUCCCCACACGGGCCUUUCUGGACUCUUGCUAUGCUAUAGUCCCAGUAUUAGACAAACUGGGACCGACCGUUUUCGCGCCAGUUAAAAUGGAUUUUGUGGGAAACAUUAAGAAGGUUCAGCAGAAGCUGCUGUCGGACGAGGACGGCUUUCCCACGCUGCAGAGCAUCGUGCUGCACGAGGUCCACACGGAGGUGGCGCGAGUGCGGAACUCGGCCACCGAGGCGCUGCUGUGGCUCAAACGAGGACUCAAGUUCCUCAAGGAGUUCCUGUCCGAGCUGGACGGGGGAGAGCAGGACGUCCACGCGGCUCUGAAUAACGCGUAUGGUAAAACACUACGCCAGUACCACGGUUGGGUCGUGCGUGGAGUCUUUGCACUGGCUCUGAGGGCCGCGCCCUCCUACGGCGGCUUCAUGGCGGCGCUGGUGUGCCACGAGGGCGACGAGCUGAAGGACGGCUUCGUCACGGGCAUGCACCGCGACCUCACCGUCUACCUGCCCGCCAUGGAGAAGCAGCUGGCCAGCCUGGACGCUCUGUACGAGGAGUACGGCCUGGAGUCGGACGAGGUGGUGUGAGGCGCGGACACGCCGCCGGGGAUCGGCGCCGGCCGGGCGCGUCCAGAAUCCAGAGCCGGAUGACCCUCGUGCUUCACCGAGGGGAUCCCGAUGCUCCUGAGGUCGGGCUGGAGGUCUGUAUGGGUGGAGCGAGCGCUGCUGUGCCACGCCAGGUCUGUACAGCAAUCGAGAGCUGCCAACGUUUGAACUGAGGGGCGAGAGAAUGCACCUCGUAGCCCUUUCAUAACCUCCAGGGUGGGCGCGGCCGGGUGGACGGGUUCUUUUACAUUGUAGUGUUUUUGGAAUGCAGAGGUGUGCACAUCUGUGAUGAAUCCAGAGAUGCCACAUGGUUUGGUGGGUAGCACUGUCACCUCACAGAUAGAAGGUCCUGGGUUUGAUUCUCAGAUGGGUUCAAUUCCCUAGUGGGUUCUUUCUGUGUGGAGUUUGCACGUUCUUCCCUUGUAUGCGUGGGUUUCCUCCAGGAGCUCCGGUUUCCUCCCACAGUCCAAAGACGUGCAGUCAGGUUAACUGGAGCUACAGUAAGAUUCACUGGAAAGAGGCCCCGAACAUUCUGUCGUAAAAUACGCCACAUACCGUGACGCGUGUGUAACCGUGUGCAUUACGUGCGGCGUUGGGAGUGAUCUCCGUUUUCUGCCGGACGCAUUUCGUUUCCUACCUUUACCUUUCGCUCGGUGAAUCGUACCCACCUCCACUCUAAAUAGGAUAAGCUGGUGGUAAAAAACAGACGGUGAAUGAAUGAAUGAGCAGUUCUGUGUUCAGAAUGGCCUUAAUUAUAGGUCGUUAAUAAUAAUAAUAAUUAAUAAUAGGUAAGAAUUACCUGUACCCUUAAUUGAAAUUAGAAUGUCCAUACAUCCGGUUUUGGGGUGGACAGACCGGUUUUUGUUGUUGGCUGACGAACACGUCAAAAGAAACGCCUCGUAUUUGAUUGGUUUAAAGCCGCCACUUUCCGUGAGGACGUCCACCACUUUAUUAUGGAACGUCCGGUCCUGAAACGCUGAUUAAUGACUACAUUUUAAUAACCGUCACGCUGUCGACACACCAAAACCAGAACCAGCGUCCAGCUCUGAGUGUCGCUCAGCGCCGACUCAUUUAGAAGAUUCAGGAAAAAUGAAGUUCAGGAUUUUAUUACAUCAAUUAAGCUUUUAAUUCUGUGUUCUGUAGCCCUCCUCUUUAGGGUCUGAUGUAUGGAUAUUUUUCCUCAGCCAGUAAGUUCCAAAACUGUCCAGCAGAGGCGCUUGAGUUCAUAUGAAUGUCAGAUUGAGGGUUAAAAUUAGGACGCAGCGUCUCUGCAGCGUUCCUGCCUCAAUCGAAGCGUUUUUGGUUUCUUUGGGCUCGGUUGCGCUCUCGUCAUCACCAACAGUGCAGGUUACACAAGGAAAAAUGCGAAAAUGGUGCAAACUGGCUACUGAUGAAUGAAAACCUGCUAGAUUAGCGGUGCGUUACGCAGGCUGAGGUGUAGCUCUGGUAACAAACCUCAGAUUACACCCCUGGUGUACAUGAAUGCCGCUUGACAUUAGCCAUGUUCAGUAAAGCGCUGCAGAACAGCAGAUAAUCUCACUGUUGUCGUGCAUGUCGUGCCUCCAACGGGUGGAAUUUACCAAGCAGAACGAGUGGCGCAUUAGUCGUUCAUUCAUUCAUUUUCAUGUUUUUACCACCACUUACACCGGUCAGGGUCGGGGUGGGUGUGGUUUUCUCGGAAUCACUGGGCGCACACAGGAACACACCCCGGUCAGGACGCCAAUCCAUUACGAGGCCUCGUCCAUGCUUUCUUAGACACGCCCAAUCACGUCUGUAUGUAGACGCCCAGCCGCUGGGGAUUCGAACCCUGGAGGGUUUUUGUUUAUUAAUUAUUAAAAAAUAAAAAAAUACA